UCUCAUGAGCUCUCCUCAUUUUUGCCUAGUUUAAUUACAACGAUUUGGCAUUUCCCCUGAAAUCAAAAUACUAUGAUGCCCCCUCACCAAGAAAGUAGCAAUAUCACCAUCCAUAAUAGUCCUGCCAGCAUCAUGCUCACAACCACCCGGACGGCGGAGAAUUUCGUUUCCGUUCACGCCGAACCGUCCACUUCAGCCGCAGACGUCGUCCCGUGUUCUCAACGUCCGAUCCCAUCUCAACAACAGCCGCUAACUCCACUUCCCUUUUCAGUUUUAUCCCAAUCUUUACGUCCUAUAACUCUCAAGUUCGAAGAAGUGGCCUACAGCAUCCAUUCUAGUGCCACAACCGCGAGCUGUUUCUCGUCCCAUAAACCCAAGCCGAGAACGAGUGUACUGAAUGGAGUUAGCGGUGUGGUUCGACCCGGUGAGCUACUGGCAAUGCUCGGUCCAUCCGGUAGUGGUAAAACCACCCUCCUCACUGCUCUCGGAGGUCGUUUAACAGGGAAGAUGUCCGGCACCAUAACGUACAAUGGGCGGCCAUUCUCCAGUUCCGUGAAGCGCAGAAUAGGAUUCGUGGCUCAAGACGAUGUGUUGUAUCCCCACCUCACCGUGUUAGAAACGCUGACAUACGCCGCUUUAUUGAAACUGCCGAAAAAGCUGACCACGCAAGAAAAGAUUGAGCAAGCUGAACUGAUUAUAGUGGAACUCGGGUUAGCAAGGUGUAGGAACAAUGUUGUCGGUGGGCCUCUUCUUCGGGGUGUGUCGGGUGGAGAACGUAAGCGAGUCAGUGUUGGUUUGGAGAUGUUAGUGAACCCCAGUUUGUUGAUGCUGGAUGAACCCACUUCAGGACUCGACUCGACCGCCGCGCACAGAAUUAUGGUUACCUUACGCGGCUUAGCACGCGGUGGCCGGACUGUCAUCACCACCAUUCACCAGCCUUCAAGUGGGUUGUACAGGAUGUUUGAUAAGGUGCUGGUGCUUUCCGAAGGGUAUCCCAUUUAUUGGGGGAAAGCGGAUCAGGCCAUGGACUAUUUCGGCUACAUUGGUUUCACACCCAGUUUCAAUUUUUUGAACCCUGCUGAUUUUCUCCUUGAUCUGGCUAAUGGUAUAGCCCCUGAUGUAAAACCGGACGAGCAACUGGAAUUUCAUGGCAGAGUAGACCACCCUGAUGAUCAAAAUUCCACUAAACAGUUCCUAAUAUCGUCUUACAAGAAGAACAUAUACCCUACAUUGAAGGCCGAUAUCAGUCAGAAUCUGCAAGAUUCGUCUUUUCCAACAGCUAAAUCAUCGAAAUCAAGUGAGGUUGAAUGGAACAGCAGCUGGUGGGAACAAUUCAAGGUCUUGUUGACAAGGGGUGUACAAGAGAGGAAGCAUGAAUCCUUUUCAGGCCUACGAAUAUUUCAAGUCAUGUCGGUUUCGGUUCUUUCAGGCCUCCUCUGGUGGCAUUCCGAUACUUCCCACAUACAAGAUCAGGUGGGACUUCUGUUUUUCUUCUCAAUAUUCUGGGGCUUUUUCCCUCUGUUCAAUGCCAUAUUCACCUUCCCACAAGAACGUCCAAUGUUAAUCAGAGAAGGAUCGUCGGGGAUGUACCGUUUAUCCUCGUAUUACAUCGCCCGAACAGCUGGAGACUUGCCGAUGGAGCUUGUUCUUCCCACGAUAUUCGUGGCCGUAACAUAUUGGAUGGGUGGACUCAAGCCUUCACUUCUAACAUUUGUUCUAACACUCUCGAUCGUACUCUUAAACGUGCUUGUCUCUCAAGCGCUAGGACUGGCAAUGGGAGCCAUUCUAAUGGACGUAAAACAGGCCACAACCUUGGCUUCUGUGACCAUGCUGGUAUUUCUAUUAGUGGGCGGAUACUACAUUCACCACAUGCCUGAUUUUAUAGCUUGGUUAAAAUACAUCUCCUUUAGUCACUACUGCUAUAAACUUCUGGUCGGGGUGCAGUACUCGGCGAACGAGUUGUACGAAUGUGAGGUCGGGAGGCGUUGCAAGGUCAUCGAUUUUCCGGCAAUCAAGCAUUUGGGUCUUGAUUAUGAUAAUAGGUGGUGGGAUGCGGUUGCUUUGAUAAUAAUGUUGGCCGGAUACAGGCUACUGGCUUAUGUGGGUCUAAGAGUAUAUGGGAAACCUCGAUCAUCAUAGCCUAAUUGUUCAUGGUACAGAAUUAAUCAAUCUGUAUACAUCUCCUAAUUAAUUAUUGGCCAGCUGAUCAUCAUGCAAAUUAAUUAAAUUAUAUUUGUUGUGCAGUGACUGUUAACGGUGGUGAUGCGUGUUAAUUAUAAGUUAAGAUAAUAUUUAAUGUAUUGUUCCUGUAAUUUUUUAAUAGUCUAGAAUGAUUACAAGGUAAUAUUUAUUUAAAA